CCAACUGGACGCGUUGAAACCUUUUAUGGGCGGUGCUCCGAUGUAAAAUCAGUCUGCUUGUUUGUUUGGUUAAACGUCAUAUGGAAAUGAUUUCAGCGGCUAAGCCCCUCGCACCAUAGUUGAGCUGCUCGUUUGCUGUGUGUUGAUACCGAACAAAAUGGCUGCAGAGGCUUGAUUCUGACCCGACACUCUCAGCGCUUUCUCCGGACACUCCGCACUUAUUCCUGGAUAUUUCCACUGUCGUUUUAAAAACAUCUCUGGAUUUCUCCACACGACUGCAGCCAGGCUGCUCACCACAUCGCUCGCUAUCUUUAUUUUUGCACUUUAAUGAAGCAGCUUGCAUCGCAUAAUCUCAUGUCAGCCUACCAGACAGUAGCAGCUUUAAACUGCCCUCUUCUUCGUUUUGCACCGUAGACGAGAUGCUAUUUCUGAUGACCAAUUUAUGCCACAGUACUUGACACACUGCCUCGCCGUUUUAAUGUAUUAUUUUCUGUCUUUUCGAGGCUAUUUCGUAGCGUAUAUGUCAUGGAAAUGUCAUCUGCUGUUUUUCCAGCAUGUAUGCAUCUAUAAUCUCCAUCAGAGCCCAAAACUCGGAGUCUGCAUAUAAAUUUCACGACAUUCCUUAUCCCUUUGCAUAUUGAAUUUUGUGUUUAUUUCCGUUCUGCUGCCUUUUUGGGACACUUUCGGAAUUUCAGCAGCUCAUUCAGCACAGUGUUACUUGGGUCUGUCUGUUUUUACGGGUACCUUUUUUUUUUUUUUUUUCGCAAAAAAUGGCCUUUUGUACCGCUGUACAACAUGCAACAUUUUUUACUGAAAACCGCCAAAGCUCGACUUGUGAACAAAAAGCUAAGAGAAGCUGAACAUCACAAGGAGAGAACCAUUUGAUGGAAGAAAAGAAAAAGAAAAAGCAAGAAGAGACAAAGAAGGAUACUGCGCAGAAAACGGUUACUGAACAGAAAACCAAAGUGCCGGACUCUGUUAAACCCAAUCCCAGCAUCCCUUCAAGCCCCAUUCUGACCCUGAACCUGCCUGUACCCUCUGCUGCCACCACCAGCAAUGGCAAGCGUAGCCCUUGUAAUUCCCUACAACAGCAGUUACCUCCAUUACAGCAGCCCAGUCCCCGAUAUGUGCCCAGAGAGGUUCCUCCACGCUUCCGACAGCAGGAGCAGAGGCAGCUACUGAAGAGGGGUCAACCUUUACCUACAGUCGCUCUGAACCCGACCUCUGCUUGCACUCAGUCCGGGGUCAUCUCCCCUCCCGAGACGCCCACCAGCAAACGGCACACGGGACUUCCCCAUCAAAGUGGACAGGGAGACCAGCAUGAGAAUUGUCUUUGGAGCAUCCCAGUCAGCAAAAACAACAGCAGCAACCGGGAUAAAGUGAUUAUUAACUGUAACAAAACCGACACUUGGCCUUCCAAUACAUACGGCAAGAGCCACCAGACACCAGAAUGCACCUUGGACGCUGAACGCACAUCAGAGGUUGUCAGCAACAGUAGCAGCACUAUUAUGGCUACAGGAGCUAGCCAGCAGGGUCAUUACCCAAUCAGCAAAGCCAGCAUUAAUCUAUCUUCUAGUAUGGUCUCUAGUCAAAGUGGCCCUACCAGGGGCUGGGUCUUAGAGGGAAAGAUUGACUUGUCCAUGGGCAGUAGAGGGCAGUUCAACUGGGGUGCCUCUAAUCUGAACCUAAAUCCCAGUGCCAACCCUGCUGCUUGGCCAGCUCUUGGACAUGAGGGGCCUGGGGUAGGGUCAGGCCCAAGUAGCAUGGUUUGCUCAAAUCCACUUUCGCUUAGUAUGUGUGGCCAAGGAGGAGUGGCACCACCUCACGGCACUAAUGGAAAUGGUAGCAUUGGUUGUGUCAGUGGAAACCUUGUAGGGGACUGUGCAUGGGGCAGCCCAGAUAUCCCAGAACAGCAUCAGUCACCAACAAAUGUAUCUUUCAACAUGAAACCUCCUAACCUUAAAAAUGAUGGACCAAAUAACACUAAACCAGAGCCAAUGAGUCCAGUGAACAGCUGGAGAGGAAACCUCAGUCAGUCAGCAACUGAGCCUGUCAGCGAAGAUGGAACUGCCUUCUGGGGCAACGGAGAUGCCAAAAAGGGAGAAUCAAAGGACUCAGGCUGGGAUUCUGCAGGCGUUUCCUCUUGGGGGCAAGGAGGAGCUAGCAGUGGUGGUGGCUGGGGUGACUGGAGCAAACAACCAAGCCCUGAAGGUACAGGAUGGGAUGUUAAUGAUGGUCCUUCCCAGGAACAUUUGAGUUCCUGGGGCCCUGAUACUCCAGCAAGUGAGGGCAGCAGGGAUAGUAGUGAGGGCCACCCAAGAAGAAGAGAGAGGUCCUCAAGUGAUGAUUUGGCCCCUUUGCUCCCAAGGCAGGACUUGGACCCACGUGUCAUUUGUAACACAGGCUGGGGACAGACUCCAGUUCGCCAACACACUGUUUGGGAAAUGGAAGAAAGUCCAAACAAAAAGAAUGGUGCAGGAACUGAGGUCUGGGGGUCUUCCUCCAACACACCUUCAACUGGACCUGCACCACCUCCUUCUGGAUGUGCCUGUCCCAACCUCAGUGCACCUCCUAGAAUGGAGACAAGCAAGGGACCUUGCAGAGCUAUGCCAAAUGCAGGCUGGGGAGGAUCAGUCCCAGCCUCUGCUCAGCCUAACAGUGGAUGGGGGGAACCACCUGCAAAUAAAAAGGUUCCUAAUGGAUCAGUAUGUGGCUGGGGUGAUCGUAUUGCUGAAGGUCCCAAUACCAAUGGCUGUAAUGGCCAAUCUUGGGCUGAAGAAAAGUCCCCUAGCUGGGAUGAUGGUACUUCUCAGAAGAAAACACAAGGUUGGGGUGAUGGAAACAAAACUUCCUCAGGCUGGGGAAGUACUGGCAGUGGGAAUAGUGAAGAGUGGAGUGACCCUUCAGAAAUGCGGAAGAAUGACUCUGGAAGUUCCUCUUGGGAACCUGACAACAGAAACUGGAAAGAAACCCAGAAAGGAUGGGGUAAAGCAGCACCAGCACAGGGUGGUAGUUGGGGUGAUGGUCAACAUUCCAAUGGUUCAGCCCAAGGUUGGGGUGGAAAACUUCAGGAAUCCACAUGUGGCAACGGUGGAGCUGGAGGCAUAGGGUCAUGGUGUGGCCCAAAUUCUGUGAAACAGAGCAACUCUAGCUGGGCAUCAGGAGGCCGACCGGAUCCAGGAGAUGAGGCCACAGGCUGGGAAGAACCCUCUCCUUCUUCUAUUCGUCGCAAAAUGGAAAUUGAUGAUGGGACCUCCACCUGGGGUGACCCCAGUGCUUACAGUAAGAGUGUAAACAUGUGGGACAGGAAUAACUCCCAAAAUCAUCCGGGAACCAGCAACAGUGGCAACAGUAAUAGCCUCACUGGGCCAAACAAUAAUAGCAAUCCUCACCAACACCACAGCCAAGGUCCUACUCAGAACCAUGUCAGUGGUAGCAACAACAAUGGCUCACCAAAUCAAGGUGAAUCUCCUCCCAACAGAAUGCCCGUGGACAACCCAGGCAGGGGAGAGCUCCCUAAUGUACAGCCAAACACAGAACCCACUUCAUGGGGUGAGCCAGCCAAUUCUAACACUUCUGUGAACAAUGGAACUUCAGCUUGGGGCCAGCCCUCUAGGGGCUGUGGGGGAUGGGGUGAAGGUGACCGUGAUUCCAAUGGACCUUAUGGCAGAGGAAAUGCACCUGCUGGAUCAGGCUCCUGUCAGGAAUGUCCCAAAUCUAUGCAAGAUGGCUGGGGAUCAGGAGGGGAAGAGAUUGGCAUGAACACUGGCCAAUGGGAUGCUGAUGAUGGUGACAUGUGGAGCAGUCCUACAUCCCAAGACUCCUCUUGUAACUCCUGGAGUCAAUCCAAGAAGGGCCCACAAAGGGGCAAGGUCUCCAACAAGCAGGAUGAUGUUUGGAUUAUGACCAGACUUAUCAAGCAGCUUACAGAUAUGGGUUUUCCAAAGGAUCCUGCAGAAGAAGCCCUAAAGAGCAACAAUAUGAAUCUGGAUCAGGCCAUGAACGCUUUGUUGGAGAAGAAAACUGAACUGGACAAACAGGGGAUGGACAUGUCAGACUACAGUAAUGGAAUGAAUAAGUCUAUAGUGUGCCGACCCACAAACCUCUCCAAAGACCCCUCACUGGAUCGUGCCCCCUUCUUGGACAAGAAUGGUAGGCUGCCAGAUGAUGCUUCAUCCUCACCGUUUAUGCCUUCUCCUGGCCGCAAACUCCCACUGGCCAAUAGCAGCCUCCCUAGCCAGGUAUUGGGUGGAAUCUCCUCUGGCCUGUCCAUGCAAAACUUGAACAACAGACAAAUGCAGAAUGGAAUGUUCAGCACUAAUGGAGCAGCACAAACUCGGGUCAUACAGCAGCAGGCCCCGUCCCCUCAGCCACCAGUGCCACCUCUUAGCUCCGCCCAGCCUACUCUACGUGCUCAAGUGCCUCAGCUUCUCACCCCUCAGGUUCAAGCACAGCUCUUGCAGUUUGCGGCAAAAAACAUUGGACUGAAUCCUGCACUUUUAACCUCACCAAUAAAUCCUCAACAAAUGACCCUGCUCUACCAACUACAACAACUGCAUGUGGCGUAUCAGCGUUUGCAGAUUCAGCAGCAAAUGAUGCAGGCUCAGCGUAAUGUCUCUGGUCCCAUCAAACAACAAGAGCAGCAAGUUGCACGUACAAUCACAAACAUGCAGCAGCAGAUCCAGCAGCACCAGCGUCAGCUGGCCCAGGCCCUGCUUAUGAAACAGCAGCAGCCUCCACCUUCCUCUCACACUGGCCUGCACCCAAACCUUGGCAAGGCCAGCCUGGACACUUUCACGGGUCACCCUCAGACUUCGGGCCUCUCCGUCUCAGACCUGCAGACCAAAGAGCAGCAGUCUUCUCCAAACUCCUUCAGCCCUUAUACACUCUCUGGUUUGAACCCGAACAUGAAUGUAAACUGUAUGGAGGUGGGAAGUCUAUCUCUUAAAGACCCCCCUCAGCCUCAGUCCCGGCUCUCACAGUGGACUCAUUCAAACUCCAUAGAUUCCCUGUCAGCUAGCGCUCAGCACAUGGAGGCAAACCUCAAUAAGCACGGUUCAAUCUCUUCUGCUCAGUCCCAUGUGCCUGUCGGAAAGAGCACCAUGGAAGAUUCCUUCAGCCCAUACAAUCUGAUGUCAAGAUCUGAAUCCUUGGUGUCUCCAGACAACUGGACACAGGGCAAAGGUCCCAAUGAGAAAAUCUCUAGUAACUCCAAUAUCAACUGGCCUCCUGAAUUCUGCCCUGGGGUGCCAUGGAAAGGUCUGCAGAACAUUGACCCUGAGAAUGAUCCCAACAUGACCCCAGGAAGCGUUCCAAGUGGCCCCACCAUUAACACUAACAUACAGGAUGUGAAUCGCUACCUGUUACGUGACAGGACUGGAGCCUCAUCCCCAUCUCAGAAUGGGACUAUGUCUUCCUCGAGUGAGUGGACAGGUAAACUCUUGGAAAUGAAGUCUACCUGGUCCCCUGGACCCAUCUCCCACACACAGGCCUCUUUAUCUCAUGAGUUAUGGAAGGUUUCCACAGGGACACGUAACUCCAGUGCUCCCUCACGCCCCCCUCCAGGCCUGACCAACACCAAGCCCUCCUCCACCUGGGGAGGAAACUCUCUUGGCCUCAGCCAGGGCUGGACCAACUCUUACUCCUCAGAAGGAGGAACUUGGAGCACUGACAGUCUCAACAGAGGAAGCAGCUGGCUGGUGCUGAGAAACCUCACUCCUCAGAUUGAUGGCUCCACCCUGCGGACUCUGUGCAUGCAGCACGGCCCUCUCAUUACCUUCCAUCUGAACCUGACACAGGGCAAUGCUGUUGUACGUUACAGCUCCAAGGAGGAGACUGCCAAAGCCCAAAAAUCCCUGCACAUGUGUGUGCUGGGUAACACUACCAUCCUGGCAGAGUUUGCCGGUGAGGACGAUGUGAACCGCUUCUUUGCACAGGGCCAGUCCCUUACCCCCACCACCAGCUGGCAGGCCAGCCCAGCACCAGGCUCCAAUCAACCCCGGCUGGGCAACCCUGCUGCCAGCCACCCCACAGGCCUCUGGAGCGGGGGUGGAGGAGGUACCAAGACAGUCUGUAGUACCAGGAACAGCAGCCGCGGAAACGGAGGCGACCUGCUGUGGGGCAGUGUGCCGCAGUACUCCAGUUUGUGGGCUCCCCCAAAUGGAGACGACCCCAGGGUAAUCGGCAACCCCAUCCCAAUUAACGCUCUGAUCCCGGGAGACCUGCUGAGCGGAGAGAGCAUGUAGGAUGUAUCGGACAUCAUAAACCAACAAAGUCAAAAGACCUAAUGGAUCAAAACCCAAGCAAAUCAAUGUGGCGAUAAUCACUUUUUGUGGAGCUGUAACGGAGGUUUAGGGUGAAACAAAGCUGCAAACCUUCCACUGCUGUUUAUUUGUCCUCUGGUUUUUACGUCAGACUGUUUGUUGUGUUCGUGGAUCUUGUUCUUAGUGUUCAAAGACCUUGAGAAGCAAGAAUCAAUAGAAGCAGAAGCCUUUUGAUGCUUUUUUAUUUCCAAAGUAUGUUUUUGCUCAAAAGUGUUGUUCAGGAGAAGCCAUCAACGAGGCAGCCAUCUGAAAGCGACCCAGACACAGUGAGACCUCAUGACACAUUUCCCUAUAACGACACUGUUCUGAUGAUUGGAAUGAUCCUGGUACUUUUUUUGGUUUUAAACUUUGCAUAGUUUCUUCAGAACUUCUAUUAGCCGUAAGUGCUCUCUCUCCAGGUCCUCCUUAAAAACUUUUAUUUUAUAAAACCAACAAAAAAAGAAAACUUUGUAUCUUGCACAGUUCUGUUUCUGAGCCAGCGAAUAGGCCAGAGCAAAUGAGAAGAACACUCCUAGCAGUGGCCUGUCAGCAUGACGAAUCACCAAUGAUCUUUUUUCUUCAAUUAUUUUAGUUUUACAAAAGGGAGCUGCACUGCUCUAUGAUUUCUAUUUACUCACGUCAGUUGUUUUUUUGGGGGUUUUUUUGUGUAUGGUUAAAAAAAAUAAGCUCAAUGUUAAGCUUUGAUGUAGAUGAAUGAAUGUCAGUGUCUGCUGGAACUUGACCAAGCAUCUGUGCGCGAAUACAUAACCACUGUUAAAAACACUCAGUGGAGGCUUUUUAAUUAUACCUAAUGGACUUCAGUGCUGAAUCAAUCAGAAGAUAUUUAGUUACUAUGUUAUGUAUCUGAUCGGCCAUUUUAUUGAGAUACAACUGAGAGAAGAAACUCAUUCUGAUGCAUUGUGCAAUAGAAGCCAGAGACCCUUUCUUCCGUCCACACUGAAGCUUACUGAAACUUAAGACUCCUUUUUUUUUUCUCGAAGAUUUUGGAAGAAUUUAACCUUUGAACAUUUUCCUACCUUGCCUCUGUUUUUCUGGCUUGCUGGCUGUGGAAAGGGGGAACUGUUAAUUGUGUUUGACGUCACUCCAUGCAGUUUUAAACUCGGCAUGUGUGGGAUCACACAGUCUCCCAGCCACUUCUUCACCAAACAGAAACGGAAUCCAGAGCGGAGACACAUGGCACGGGAGUCAGGCACAAUACCAAAUACAAUGGGUUUCUCUUAAUGCAGUACAGAGUAAGAGACCUUUGCAUUUGGUACAAACAUAAAAGACGCGUUGUCUCUUCUUAAAGGGGUAUUAUCAUAGCACUUAUUACAAGAGUUAUGCUCCUUCUGUGAAGCCAAUAAAUCAGAUAAUGGAGCAUAUAGUUAAAAAAAGAAAAAGAAAAAAAAACAACAAGAACUUCUUAUGGCAACUUUUAACUUUUUUUUUUUGUACCUUACUGGUAUUCAAAAAAAAUUAUUUGUUUGUCGUCCAUCUCUGGUCCAGAAACUUCAAAAAAUCUGAAUGAAGGGAAGAACAAACUCUACAAUCAUACAAAACUUGCAAUGUAUGUUUUUUGUGUCUGUACUUUUCCCCCUCUCUAUCAAAGUGAAUGUCAUUGUUAUUCAAAUGAAAUAGUCAAAUGUCUUUAUCUGUCUGAAGGAGGCACCUCCAUUUGAUUGGAUUUGAAAAGGAGGAUGUGUGGUCUUAGUGCCUCAAUGUGGGAACUGAUAGGAGGACGUUUGAUUCUCCAUCGCAACUCUCUCCGUGCACUUAGUACAAUGGAAUGCAAGAAAGGACAUUAAUGACGUCAUGAUAUGGACGUUGUCGUCAUCAUUUAUCAUUUGCAUCCGUGUUGUAGUAAUUUGGAAUGUCACCCCGUUCCUUCUCUGGAUAACAUCACACGUCUCAUGCGUCCUUACCUACUCCCUCCCUCGUGUGGUCUUGCAUGAUUUUUUUUGCUGGAGUUUGAGACUGAAUGGAAUUGCCAGUGUUGUGAAACAUGCUUUUUCACAUUCUUUUGGUCUUCAUGCAGUGGUCCUUAACUGCCUACAGUGCUCAUAUGCAGAUACACUUUAAAAGAGGUGCCUCUGUAUAGCUGUCCUGUGUAACGAAUGCAAACGAAGAACAAUGAUGUGGGCCAUACUUAUUUUUGUUGUUAACAGUGUUCUUAGGUCAUUUAGGGCCUCUUUUGUUGAUGUGCGUAUGUGUGACCUCACCCUGGGUGUCCCACCUCUAACUCAGCUGCUACCAUCCUCUUUCUCUUAUGUGGCCUCAGUGAAGCCAACCCUGUUACCGAGACAAGCCGCCCGUACUUGAAAAAGCCCUGUCCAAGCAGUGUUUCUAUGGACAGACUCUUUCUGCCAAUGGUUCUUUAACUACAGCACAUGGCAUGCUGUCACUAUGCAAAGUUAGAGAAGAUGGGCAAGUAAUGUCCGCCCUGUGCCAAUCUGUGGCUUUGGAAGAAAGUUGGAAAUAUCUCACAGUCCUCCCGUAAUACUUUCUUACAUACUCAAGGCCAUUGUCAUCCUUGUAAACUUGUAAACAAAGAAUGUUUUCUGACACUAAAUCAUUUUUGGAGGUCUGUGUGUUAAUUCUGCUGAAUUUGAUAAAUCUCAUUUCAAUAUAAUCUCAGGGGACGACAAGAUUAACUAAAUUGAUGUUUAUUGAAAGUUGAUCGUUUUGAAGAUUUAUCAUUUACACAUUAAAGUUUUACACAUUAAAUUGUGUAUGAAGCUUACAAAGUGUACAUUAAAGAAACGCAAAAGGGAUAUUUAUCAGUGGGGCAGUAAAUUUAGGAGUAAAUUUUGGCUAGUUUGAGUCUUCUCAAUCCUUUUGAACAGGGACUACUGCAGAGCCAUCAGUUCGUUUAUAUAGUAAAUGUAUAUUGUGUAUCUUACCUCUCUGCUGCUGGUUGUAUUGAAUUCCCCUUAUGGUCUCAUGUGCCAAUAUAUACAUAGAUAUAUGUACAGUACACUGUGGCAUCUCUGACUUCACAUCUUAAAUUCCAAUGUGUGUCGUUUUGUUGUAGAGCACUUCUGUCCAGAGGCACUUUGAUGAUUCUUGUGUGUUUGAGGUGGGAUUGGGUUCAAAAGGGUUGAGGAUAUUCGUCAGAUAUUUGUCACCUCAUGCUGAUUAUUUGUGAUAAUCUUGUUACUGUCAUUGGAAGAAUCCUUUAUAACAAACAAGAACUUUAACAGCAUUGGGGAUUAUGGUGUGCUAAUGGCAUACAGAUCAUGAGUAAUCCCUGGUACUUUUUUUGAAUACCAAAAAUGUAAUAGCAUUUUAAUAUAUGUUUUUUUUUUUUUUUUUAUAAAAGUUUGACAAAAACACGUAAACAAUGAAGGAAAAAGAUCUAUAACAUUGAAAAAUGCACUUCUUGCUGAUAUUAUCUCCUGUUUGCUGGUCACGUUCUGAAGGUUGACAGCAAGCUGGAGUGCCUUUUGUGUAUGCCGUAUUAACUGUUUGUUUGUAAAAAUGGGGCCCUGAACUGUACAUUUCCAUCUCAGUCUAAGUUCGUUUUGGGCCUUUAUGCUGUAUAAACCUUCUUUUUUUUCUUUUGGGAAAAGACAUUUCAACAGAUGUGUCUUAAGAUACUAAAGUUGUUCAUUGACUUAUUUUUUUUCUGUUUCUGGGUGUGGGGAUCACUGUUGCCUGUGUAUGUAACUGCCUUGUUCCAAACUCAGUCGCGGCUGGCUGACAGUGAACCACAAUGUGGCUGUAAUUCCAAACAGUCAAACAUCACAGGAAGUCUCUGGUGACACCAGCAUAGGUAGACUACAGCUAAACAUUAUCCUGUAUAUUAUCACGCUCAUUAUGUAGAAAAAUGCUAUCAGAUCUCUGAUUCCUUCCCUUUUGAAACUACUAGGUAAAAUAUAAUUUGAAAUAAGCAAUAGACCUUGCAGUGUGUCAUCCGAGAGAAUUUGCCUAAAGGAAAAAAACGAAAGAGUGAUUAAUGAUAGAUAUGAACCAAAUAGUCUUACUGGAGUAGCAUGUUUAAAAUUAAAUUACACAGGACAUACAUGCAGUAUUUGUGUAUACCUAUGUUGAAACCCGUAAUUAUGAACCAUGUUUUUGUCUCUGGGCAAAGAACGAAAAAUCAUAAACAUAUCAAAAGAU